AUGAGCAUCCCAGACGAAAGGUUCUUCCCGUACGCGACAGGCCUCGCUGCCCAAACUGUUGAGAAGCAUCAGCAGCCCCAGGACCUCAUUUUCUAUGCCGGAUGGUUUUGCCCCUUUGUGCAUAGGUCAUGGAUUGCACUUGAGGAGAAGGGCAUCCCGUAUCAGUACAAGGAGGUAAACCCAUACAAGAAGGAAAAUCAUUUCCUCGAGAUUAAUCCGAAGGGCCUUGUACCCGCGGUCGAGUACAAGGGAAAGGCCCUCUACGAGUCGCUCAUCAUCUGCGAGUUCCUCGAAGAUGCAUACCCCUCCUACACACCCCUCUUGCCCUCAGACCCCUUCGAACGCGCACUCGUGCGCCUCUGGGUGGACUUCAUCUCAAAAAGCGUCGUCCCCGCUUUCUACCGCGUCAUCCAGGCGCAGGACGCGGAGAAGCAGAAGGCAGGGCUCGAUGAGUUCAACAGAGUGCUGCGUACGCUCUCGGAACAGGUGAAGGGCCCGUAUUUCCUCGGAGACCAGUUCAGCUUGGUCGACGUCGCGCUCGCGCCGUGGGUAGCGCGCGAUUACGUCCUGCAGGAGCAUCGUGGCUAUACGAGGGAGGCGGCAGGCGCCGGAUGGAAGGAAUACGCGGAGCGUCUCGAGAAUCGCGAGUCUGUAUUGAAGACACAGAGCGACAAGGAACAUUACGAGGAGAUAUAUGACCGGUUCCUUCGCAACGAGGCGCAAUGCGAGGUCGCAAAGGCUACCAGGAGUGGGAGUGGUCUCCCGUGA